AUGCAUACAAUUGGCUUACCCAGAACCUGUUUAGGAUUCACAAAUAUACUUUUCUUUUUAUUCGGCGUCGUUACUUUCGCUGUUUGUGUGUGGUGCGUCAUCAAUACGGAUUUUUUCCGGGAAGUUAACUACACUGUCACCAAGAGUUCUUUAGUGUCGGUGGUUGCGAAUUUCGUUAACUUGAAAUUAUGGUUCACUCCCCUAACCUCGAUCCUUAUACCGAUAUCUUUAUUGACAAUAUUCACGUCCUGCUGUGGCAUAUUCGGAGCUGGUUGUAAAAUGAAAUGUGCCAUAAAAUCAUACAUUUUUUUGGUCAGCGCCAUAUCUCUGACGGUCUUCUGGCUCAUAUUUGUAUCAUUUAUCUAUAAUGUUUAUACGAACAAUGAGAGAACUCGUAACUUCAUGCGUUCGACUAUCGUCAGCAACUAUGGCAAAGAAAACGAUCUCAUCACAAACACAUGGAAUUAUAUAAUGGUUACGUACGAGUGUUGUGGUGUGGUCGAUUACAGAGAUUUUUUGGAUUCCAAAUGGCAGAAAACUAAUCUAGACAAACUAUAUCCCGUACAAUGUUGCAAACUGCUGAAUAAGACUAGCCUAGAACCUCUAUACAAAGAUUGUGCCACGAAUCACGAUCGCGAUGAAGAUACUAACAAAAAUGUUGGUUGUUUCAAGGCCCUCAAAAUAGCAAUAUCUGCUAACAAGGGAAAGAUUGUCUUCUAUAUUCUCCUGUUUGCUGUGGCCUAUUCAGUAUUGAUCCUUUUUGCAUAUUGCAUUAUUCGCGGCGAACCUCUGCUAGCCGCUGUAGCGGGAAACCUAGCUUCAAUACUACCGAACCGCAAAGAAGUUAAUGCUAAAGUAGUACCCUCAAAUUCCUCUUUGGAUAAUAUGAUGUUCGUAGAAGAACCCCCAAAGAAAGUGGUUAAAGUUGUGUCUACGAUGAAUCCCUUUCAAACUUAUAAAUUUAGCCCAAAUAGCUACAACACGAUGGAAUCAAAUUAUCCCAAAAGCGUAUGUUUAGGCAAAUUCCAUAGUGUAUUCCUCAGCGGGGGUGAAGUGUGGUGUGCGGGGCAGCCGGCGCGGGCGGGGGGACCUCACUCCACCGCCUUACGACCUAUACCACUCAGACUUGCGGAAACCUGCGUGGGUAUGGCUAUUACGUUGACCUCCACUAUCUUCCUCCUACAAAGUGGAGUGGUGAUCCAAUACUCGUUGAACAACACAGAAAAUCCAAGUCCAUCAACAGUUAAGAGCCCAUCGGUUAUCAAAUUGGCGAACGUGAAACCGGUUUUGAAGAUAUCUCAUCCUCUGGGUGUUUGCGCGGGACGAUCUCAUGCGGUGGCGUGGAACGAACACGCGGUCUACACCUGGGGAUUGAACCUUGGACAGCUGGGACACGCGCAGGACAAAGUUGUCCCCUUACCUAAAAGGGUAGCGAUAUCAUUGAAUAACAAGGAGGACGCGAAGUUUCAGUUUGUUGAUGCUUCCGACGCAGCCACGGUCAUUUCCACGAGUAUGGGAGACGUUUAUCUCUUGCAUAAAAAUAUUUGCAAGAAAAUUGCCAUCAAACAGAUCAAUCUACGUCAAAUAUGUGUUGAGGCGAAAGUGAGUGAUCAAGGUGUAUAUUCACGUGUCACUGUCUUACUUCUCACAAACGUUGGACAACUCAUGAUCUGGCAGGACACUACAAACACAUUGACCAGAUGUGUCUUCGGUCUUAGUCAUCAAACUACUAUAACUCAUGUUGCACUAACCCACGACGCUCUCUACUUCACAACCAAACAUGGCGAAGCGUUUGUGGGUUAUAUAUCGAGAAAGACCACGCCCCCUCCCGCUCAACCAAUCAAAAAAGAAAGGGACAGAGACAACAAAUCAGCUCUUGUGAAGUUUUUAGAAAAGGACGACUGUACAUCUGUUAGGAUAUCCAAGAUACCGAACAUUCAUCGCGCUAUAGGAAUAUCGGUGGACAGCGAGGGACUUAAUUUAGCCUGUCUUCAGGCAAAACCAUCCUGUGGCCUUACUUCCAUCCCGGAUCUAUCUCCAACGAGUUUGACCAAGCAUAUGGAGACCCUUAUAGAAACAGCAGCCGAAGACGACAUCCUACAUGACGUUGUGUUUAAGGUCGGCCAUAAAUCCUACCCAGCUCAUCUAUAUAUAGUAGCUUCAAGCAGCGAAUAUCUCUACAAGCAAUGUACCAACGGUGUUAUAACCUUGGAUGUGCAUCCAGAGGUGUUCGAACGAGUAUUACAGUACAUAUACACGGGGUCGUGUGACGUCACAAGGUUGGGGGUUUGUGGGUUGAGGCUGAAGCGAGAGGAACUAGUUAAGAAAGAAAACUUGGAGGAAGAUGUUAUUGAAAAUCCAGCAGAAAUAUCAGCGUUUGAAGUAUACAAGAACCAAGAGAAAAGAAAAGGCAAUCGUCGCAAAAACACAGAAGUUUCUAGAGUUCAUGUCUACUGUGAUCCUGUUAAAUUAGUUCAAGCGACGGCAAAGAGACUUCAAGUCAUGGGACUACAUAAACUGCUUGACAAGUUUUAUUAUAAAGAAGGUUCAAUCCAUCUAAAAGAUUCGGCAACCUUCACAAAGACUCCUCUUACAUGGGACAGAGAGAGCUACCCUGAUCUUGUCGACACUCAAGUUUGUUCCAAAGACGGUAUACUUAUACCGGCUCACAAGUGCGUUUUGGCAGCCCGACUGGAAUAUUUCCAGGGAAUGUUUAUGCAUUCCUGGACAGAGAGUACACUCCUGUCGAAGGUGACACUGCCCAUCAAUCAUAAUAUUUUGUUGCCCGUUAUCGAUUUCUUAUAUACCGACAAAUGCCCUGAAGUCGAAAAUUCUGACAGUAUAGACUUCAUCUGCAGCAUGCUUAUUGUGUCAGAUCAACUGUUUAUUAGUCGGUUGAGAGAAAUGUGUGAGAUCGCUCUCUCUAAUCUUAUAACAUUGAAAAAUUGCACCGAAUUGUGUCAAUUCGCUCACACGUAUAACGCGUCCCAACUAAAGAAAUGUUGUAUGGAAUUUAUAUGUCUCAAUAUAUGUAGUAUACUAGAGAAUAGGGCCUUGGAUCUAUUGGAAGAAGCAUUGCUGAUGGACAUCACUAAAUAUUAUUGCAAAUUUAAUCCCAUCAUGUCUUCGCGAGUCAUAACACCAUUUUAUAACGCUCCAAGCGAUGAAUUAGUUGAAAAAUGCUUUAAGAAUUAUCCCAUAGAUUUGGAUUAUGUUGAUGAGGAUGUAAAAAGGGAUGAUAGCUUGGAAGUGAAUAAAAAGAAAAAACAAAAGAAGAUUGACUACACAGAUAAUGAAAAGGCGAGAAAGAGAUACGAAUCUGUGAGUUCCGUGUCUUCGUUGGAUUUAUCCCACGAUACAUCCGGCGAUGUUACAUUAUCACUGAGUUCGAUCUCCAAAGAAACAGAGAAAAAAUAUCAAAAUGCUGAUAAAUGGACAGAAGUGCCAACAACCCAACAAAAACAGCAGAAAUUGGUCCAAGCACGUUUAAAAGCAAUAUCUGCUGCAAAGGAAAUUCUCAAUGAAACACCAAACAGCUCAUUCACUAAGUUGACUAAAACUAAUUCUUCUACAGUCGUAUCACAAGAUACAUUGAUUCCAACUACAUCUCGUAUGUCUGUCUCUCCCAAAGAGUCGCCAGAACCAUGUUGGGGCCAAGGAAACCUCAUAAUAAGUCACGUUGGUCCAAAAUUAUCUCAAAAACAAAGAAAGAAGUUGGCUUUAGAAAAUGAUCAACCAGCCCAAACUCUUGACAACUACUUAGCUAACAAAUUAAAUAUCGGAAGUCCUCCCGACAAACCAAAAAACCCUUGGAAGAUAUGUGACCCACCAGUCGCUACCAGCAGUCCAAACAAAGCAAACUCGUUGGAAUUCAAUAAAAUUCUUGCUGAUCAAAAGAAACAAAAAGAUGACUCCUCAAGAAUUAUGACAAAACCUUUGACUCUUACACAGUUGGAAGAUAAAGCUAUUGAAGAAUUGGAAAGAUUUUACAACAUCCAUGAGGCUGAUGAUGAAUUAAUUACUGUGAAAAGAAUUGAAUUACAAGUGUCUUCCCCGCAAUGGAUAAAUACAGCACCAAGAUAA